AUGGAUCAGGACCAUUCUGACGAGAUCGCAGCUUUCUGUGCUGUGACGGCAGCUGAUCCGGAAUCAGCUCAGCAGUAUUUGGCAGUAGCUGAUUAUGAUUUGGACACCGCGGUGACUUUGUUUUUAGAGGCUGGGGGGCCGUCAAUUGAGUCUCAGCACAGGGCGGCCAGCUCGACAAAUGUGGCUGGUGGAGCCGGUGGCACGGGUUCAGGCGCUGCAUCUGUUCAUUCUCCUGAUCCAAUGGAUUCUGGUAUUAAUAAUACCAAUGACGAGGAUGAAGAGGCUUUUGUUCAAAGAUUACAGGAAGAAGAAUACGCACAGGCUGGUAAUGGUGGUGGCGGUACAGGAGGAUUCGGUUCGGGCAAUGAUGAGGUAAGAGAGAGAAUCCGUCCUGUAACGGAGAGGUUAGUGGAUCCAGGAUUUGGAGCUGGGUUUGGCGGAUUUGGCGAGGCAGACGAUUUCUUAGGACGCAUGACGAGAAAUUUGGCUAUGAGAGGUGUUACCCCUCGAGGUAUUUUUAAUCAAGGAAUGCCGUCUCAGCAGAUUCGUCGUCGUCAGAGAGGGGUGUUUGAUAAUGAUGAAGAUGAAGAGGAUGAAGAUGAUGACUCGGAUAUGGAGAUUACAGGGUCAAACAGUUUUAUGGAAGAAACAGUCGGUUCAUCGAAUUUGACGCCACAUGCUAAUAGACUUGCAGCACUGUUUCGACCACCGUUUGACCUUAUUCAGGACGUUGAUCUAGAAUUGGCAAAGAAUUUGGGUCAAGAGGAGAAAAAGUGGAUUCUUGUUGAUAUUCAGAACUCACGAGAGUUUUCUUGUCAAAAACUGAACAGAGAUCUCUGGUCAAAUAAAGACGUUAAGGCCACUGUUAAAGCCAACUUUAUUUUCUUACAGUAUUCAUCUGAGGAUUCAUAUGGUAUCAACUAUUUACAGUAUUAUCCAUAUCAGGGAUAUCCUCAUAUUGCCAUUCUUGAUCCCAGAACUGGAGAGCGACUUAGAGUGUGGUCUGAAGUCCCCGAACCAUUGCAGUGGAUUGAUGAUGUUCAUAACUUUUUGUCUCGCUAUAGCUUAGACCCCUCGCACAAGAAUCCUAUUGCGAAGAUAUCUCGCACCAAAACCGAUGUACAACAUAUGACUGAAGAGGAGCAGAUCGAAUUUGCUGUUAGACAGUCCUUAGGCGUGAAGAGCAAUUCGUCUUCUGACGAUGACUUUGUAUCUGUUCAUAGUGAUGUCAUGGACGAAGACUCGAAUGACGAGAUUGAAGUGGUUGAGGAGCGCUCGGCGGUGCCUGAGUCGUCUGGAUCAUCGUCAAGGGUACCACAAGCACCAGAUAUUAGUGAAAGCGAGCCCGAAGAUGAUCAUGAUCUUACUGAAGAAGAUAUUUUUGCAUCCAUUCUCCCGAGAGAGAUCCAGGAGCCAGAAGCUGAUCCAAAGACUACCACCAGAAUCCAGUUUAGACUAGCUGACGGAUCGAGAAUAAUUCGCCGGUUUCGCCUUGACGACAGCGUUAGAACAAUAUUUGCGUUUUUGAAACAAAAUGUCGAAGCUUUGUCCGGUCACCAUUUUGGACUUGCUAGCGAUCGCAGAAAAUUAAUAGACUUGGUGGACGAGACUAUACAGUCGGCAAAACUUCAGAAUAGUGUAGUGUUGGUAGAGAUUCUCGACUAA